AUGAUGACGCCUUGGUUACAUUUCAGUGGCGGUGACUACUUGAUUUUUGAGACUUGGAUGCCUGAGUCGAAAGGUGCAAUCGCCGGUGCUUGCAUUGCGCUAGUCGCAUUCUGUAUUCUUGAACGUUGGAUUUCAGCAUUCCGGCGUCAAAUGGAAAUCCAAUGGGGGGCCCUUGCGCUAAUCUUGCAAACGCAGCGUACUUCAACUGAUGUUCAACAUGUCGACGAUAAAGCCAAAGACCCCUCUGAUGUGAUAGAUGCGAUUGAGGAAGGAUCUUCCUCUCUUCCAAUCACCCCAGCGAGAGUCCGCAGUCGCCAGAGGCUUGUACCUCCCUUCAUUCCCAGGCACGAUAUCACGCGGGGGAUAUUCCAGGCUGUUCAAUCACUCUUUUCGUAUGCCCUGAUGUUGGCCGUCAUGACGUUCAAUGCUUCAUAUAUUAUAUCCAUCGUUGUGGGUCUUGCCAUAGGUGAAGUUCUGUUCGGGCGAAUUGGUCGCCUGAAUGGAGGUCGAGUUUAAAGCAAACACUGUUUUGAUGAUUUUCUUGCUGGGUCUUUGCUAUCAGUCGCUUUCGUGUGAGGGUAGCUUUAUGGUUGCUAGUUUUAUGUUAAUUUUGGACACCUCCCAAUAUCUGUCUUGUAAUCGGACAGUCAACUAUGCAAUUAUUACUCGAAUAAAAUACAUCUUUUAUCAAGGUCGAAACCUGUGAUUCAAGAGGUGGAAC